AUGCAAUCGAAGUCCGUCUGCCUCUCUCUCUCUCGCCGUGAACCUCUCCCCCUCCUCUCUUACCAUGGACCACCUUCUCAAGCUUCUCUCUCCGUCGGUGGACCUCUACGCCGAAGAGGUAUUUGCCGGCGUUCACCAUCCUUCGCUGUCGCUGCCGUCCAGUCUUUAACCUCCGCCGUCUUCAUACAUCUGAGCGCCUUAGGAGUGAGUGUAGAAACCCUAAGCGAUUGUGAAAGCCGUUUUUCCUCUUGUGGCUAUAGUCGACCUGAGAAAAUGAAGUUUAACGCCGCCAAUCCAACUAGCCAGAAGAAGCUCGAGAACGAUGAUGAUCAGAAACUCCGUUCGUUUUAUGAGAAGAGACUCUCACAAGAAGUCAUUGGAGAUGCUUUGUGCGAGAAAGAUGUAGGUGCAAUUUUCAGUGAAGUAGACAAGGGAAAGCGGGAAAGCAUUGAACGCGAAAGAGUUGACAGGUGUGUUGAAUCUGAAAGCGAUUCGGAUGAUGAUGAUGAAUCUGAUUACUUAUCGAGGAAACCAAUUGGUCCUGUGGAUCCGAGAUUCCGAUGGAAGGAAAGUCCAAACGGUGGAGCUUUGAUUAGGGUUAAAGUGUCUCCUGGUGUUGGCGUUGGUGGCACAGAUCAGGAAGGAGUUGUUAAAGAUGUUGGAGAUGGGAGCUAUGCUGUUACCUACGUUGUGCCUAAGAGAGGAAACUAUAUGGUGAGCAUUGAGUGUAAUGGCAUGCCAUCAUGGGAAGUCCAUUUCCUGUCUUCUUUAGCCAAGGGUCUUCUUCAAAUGGACUGA